AUGUCGGGGGAGUACGAGAAAUACCCAAUGGUCACGGCAGAUCAGUUGAAGAGCCGGAGAGAGCGGCCCAGGCGGGUGAAGAUGUUGACAAGAGAUUUUAUUGAAGAUUCUCUGUACAAUCCAUCAUACGGGUACUUUUCGAAGCAAGUGGUUAUUUUCACGCCUGGCGAGCCGUUCAAAUUCAACGCCAUGCAAGACGAGCAAGAAUUCCAUCAGCUUUUGGGGCGCAGGUACACGGAGUUCGAAGAUAAAUUAGAUGAGAAACAGCCCAACGACACGCGGCAGCUCUGGCACACACCAACUGAACUCUUUCGACCAUAUUAUGGCGAGGCUAUCGCCCGGUAUCUCGUGGUCAACUACAAGCUAUCACAAUACCCCUACCACGACCUCAUAAUCUACGAGAUGGGCGCUGGAAACGGAACACUCAUGCUCAACAUACUCGACUACAUCCGCGAUACCGAUCCUUCAGUCUAUGACCGGACGAAAUUCAAGAUCAUCGAGAUUUCAUCCAAUUUAGCCAAGUUGCAGGCGCAGCAGUUAUUACGGAACGCGGAUUCAAAGGGCCAUGCAUCGAAGGUGGAGAUCAUAAACAAAUCCGUAUUCGAGUGGAGCCAAGUCGUUCCUGAGCCCUGCUAUUUCCUAGCCAUGGAGGUGUUCGACAACUUCGCUCAUGAUGCUAUUCGUUAUGACCCGGUUACCGAGGAGCCGUUGCAGGGCACCGUACUCAUAGACAGCAAUGGCGAUUUUUACGAUUUUUACGUUCCCACGAUUGACCCAGUAGCCUCGCGGUAUUUGCGAGUGAGGCAUGCUGCUACUGCCGGAAGGUAUCCGCAUCCUCUUAGCCAGAGCCGGAUACUACGGAAAUUGAGGACAAGUCUUCCCUUCUCUCCUAAUUUGAGCGACCCUGAAUACAUCCCUACGAGGCUGAUGCAGUUUUUUGAUGUUUUGGAGAAAUACUUUCCGGCUCAUCGGUUGGUGACGAGCGACUUCCAUGUUUUGCCGGAUACGAUUAAGGGGAUCAAUGCACCGGUGGUGCAGACAAGGUAUCAGAGGCGGACAGUGCCAGUCAGCACGCCAUAUGUACACCAAGGAUACUUUGAUAUCUUGUUCCCAACAGAUUUCCAUGUCAUGGAGCUUAUGUAUAGGGCAAUAACAGGCAAGCUGACAAACGCUUUAUCUCACGAGGAAUUUUUAAGGAGAUGGGCUUAUGUGGAAGAGACGGAGACAAAGAAUGGAGAGAAUCCACUCUUGAGUUGGUAUAAGAAUGCUAGUGUUCUUACGACUGUUUAA